AUGCGAUCAAAAAUGCGAACAUUUUAUUUUAUUUUUAUGACUACUGUUUUUACUGCUUUUACCCUCCUUCCUUAUCGUUUUGCGGGGCUACAGAGGUCAUUAAAUCCCCAACGUACAAACGAGUGUAUGACCAUAUUUCUUUACUGGCUAAUGAUGUAUUUGGUCUAUUUAAAUUCGAUGCUAAACCCCCUACUGACUGUCAGCAUUCUUCCCCAGUACAGAAUGGGGUUUGUUCGUGAUGUGCUGCUCUGUCAAAGUCUGCGCACAAAGCGUAGAAUGACUGAUCAAAGGAGAAAUUAUUAUACAUCUGUUGCCCAAAGAGGUUCUAGUGAUGCUGCUAUUUAA